AUGGAGGUCUCAUCAACAUCAUCCCCGUGCUCAAAACCAGAACAAAUCAUGCAAAACCCCCCUCCCAUAAUCUCAUCUCCUAGGUUUCUGCAGCCUCAGACAAGAUCUCUUCCUCAUCAUGAGCAGCAUCAACAUCUAUCUAAUCCUUACCCAACAACAUUUGUUCAAGCAGACACUUCCACUUUCAAACAAGUUGUUCAGAUGCUAACGGGCUCCUCUUCCACCGAUACCAACACCGGAAAGCACCACGAAGCUCCUUCUCCGGUGAACAAUAACAAAGGAGGUUUCUUAAUACCACCCAUCAAGAAAACCAACAGCUUCAAGCUCUACGAAAGAAGACAAAACAAUAACAACAACAUGUUUGCUAAGAAUGAUCUAAUGAUCAAUACUUUAAGGCUUCAAAACUCUCAGAGGUUGAUGUUCUCAAGCGGAAACAAUGUUCAUCAAAGCCCAAGAUUCUCUCCAAGGAACAGUUCAUCAGAGAAUGUUCUUCUGUCUCCAAGCAUGCUAGAUUUCCCGAAGCUAGGGUUAAACAGUCCCGUUACGCCACUGAGAAGCAACAAUGACCCCUUCAACAAGUCAUCUCCUUUGUCUUUAGGCAGCUCAUCUGAAGAAGACAAAGCCAUCGCUGAAAAAGGAUACUUUCUUCAUCCUUCUCCAGUUUCAACUCCUAGAGACUCUCAGCCACUGCUUCUUCCUCUUUUUCCGGUUACUUCUCCGAGGAAUCCAUAAAUCCUGACUAGUGUUCACAUUCUGUAUUUGAUAUUAAGUUAAAAUAUAUUCUUGGACUUUGCUUUUAACUAUGACUAAGAUAUAUAAGUUCUUAGUAAUGGAGUGUCACAUAAUGUUUAUGCGGUUUAUAUAUUCAAUAAUUCGUUGCAAUUUA